AUGUUUAGAAACAAUUAUGAUGGUGAUACAGUUACUUUUUCUCCAACGGGUAGACUUUUCCAAGUAGAAUAUGCAUUAGAAGCUAUAAAACAAGGUAGUGCUACAGUAGGUUUGCGUUCCAAUAAAUAUGCAGUUUUGGUAGCUUUAAAAAGAAAUGCAGAUGAAUUAUCCAGUUAUCAAAAGAAGAUUAUAAAAUGUGAUGACCAUUUAGGGUUGUCCUUAGCCGGGCUAGCACCUGAUGCUCGUGUUUUAAGUAAUUAUCUAAGACAACAAUGUAAUUACUCAGAAAUGGUUUUUAAUAGAAAAUUAUCAGUAGAACAAGCGGGUCAUUUGCUAAGUGAUAAGGCGCAGAAAAAUACACAAUCUUAUGGUGGUAGACCUUAUGGUGUUGGUUUUCUUUUAAUAGGUUAUGAUAACAGUGGAACACAUUUGAUAGAAUUUCAACCAUCUGGUAACGUUUUAGAACUGUAUGGUGCUGCUAUUGGUGCUCGUUCCCAAGGUGCCAAAACAUAUUUAGAACGUGUUUUAAAUGAUUUUGUAAAAGUUGAUGAAGAUCCAGAAGAAUUGAUUAAAUACGGUGUAGAAGCCUUGAAACACUCAUUAAAAGAUGAAACUUUAACUACUGCAAAUUUAUCAAUUGCAAUCGUCGGUAAAGACAAAGACUUUACCAUUCUAGAUGGCGAAGAUGUUACGCCAUACUUGUAA